CUGUUAUCCUAAUGGAAUUAAUGAAAAUCAUUUAAAACGAACAUUAAGAGGACCGUAUACGCAAUUUGUAUUAGGAGAACAUACGUAAGAGAGUACGCAUUCCUGUGGUUCCGACGAAACGAGUUCAUAAGGAUAAAUGCGUACCUAUCAGAGCGACAUAACACGAAGAUAAUAGUGUUCUUCGUGUUCAAUUUCCAAGUGAAAUUUGUAUCAGGAGACCAUGAAACGCGAGGUCGGGAACGGGAAACAGGAGUUCAUAAGUCUUCGAUACAAUGCACCUCAUGUCCGAUGGUAAGAUAAAAGCUAAAUCCGAACUAAAAUACCAAAAUACAACGCGUGGGCGAUUUUAAUGUCGACUUCUCCUUAAGCCUAUUUAUCUACUUGUAUGCACUGAUUAAAUAAUGGCACCUCAUCCGGUUGACGGUAAACAAAUUAGGACGAACGAUUCACGAAACACGUCGCCAAGCAGUUGCGUCGAGAUGAAUUUAAUCUUGCUACUAUUUCUCCUGUUCGCCUCCCAAACCGUCAGAUGCGAGUCGAGACGAGAGAAGGAGAAGGCAAUUUUGGCGCGCAUUCUGUCGCCGGAAAGAUACGACCCCAGGUUACGCCCUCCCGGGCUCAAUAAUACGGAGGGCCCCACCGAGGUGAGGGUGAACACCUUCGUCCGCUCCAUAUAUUCAAUCGACGAUCUGAACAUGGAGUACAAGUUGCAGCUCACCUUCAGGCAGCAGUGGGAGGACGCGCGGCUGAAGUUCGAGAGCCAGGACCCGCACGUCAGGUACCUCACGUUAACGGAACCGAGGCAGAUCUGGACGCCCGACCUUUUCUUCUCCAACGAACGCGAGGGUCACUAUCACGAAUUGAUGGCGCCGAACCUGUACUUCCGCAUCUUCCCCGGCGGUCACGUCCUCUACAGCAGAAGGCUUUCGCUCACGCUGGCCUGCCCCAUGAAUCUCAAACUGUACCCGUUCGACCACCAGGUUUGCUCAAUUCGAAUGGCGAGUUACUCGUACACGACAGACGACUUAAUCUUCCUUUGGAAGGAGGGCGAUCCCGUGCAAAUUGUAAGAAAUCUUCACCUGCCCAAGUGGACCUUGCAGAAGUUUUCCACCGAUUAUUGCAACAGUAAAACUAACACGGGCGAGUACAGCUGCUUGAAGGUCGACUUCUUGUUCAAGAGGCAGUUCUGUUUUUACCUCAUUCAAAUCUUCUUACCCUGCUGCAUGCUGGUGCUGCUGUCGUUUGUGUCAUUUUGGUUCGAACCGUCAGCAGUUCAAGCCAGGAUGCUCUUGGGGCUGUCAUCGCUCCUGGUGCUCGCCGCAUACACGUCGGUCGUGAACGCGUCGAUUCCUCAGAUUUCGUACACCAAGGCGAUAGAUAUCUGGACGGGCUGCUGCUUGACCUUCGUCUUCGCCGCGUUUCUGGAGUUCGCGACGGUCAACUACAUGCACAGCUCGCGACGGGACGAAGACCAGGAGGAAACCGCUCCAAACAACGACGAGUUCGGCAUGAAUCCGCUGAUCAACCACUCCAAUGAUCCGCCUAACGGUAAAUGCGUAAUGAGAAAGCAUCUCCAGAGCUUGAAGUAUUGUCAGAGGUGGUUUAAGGGGCAACCGAGGAGAGCCAAGUCGCUCGACGUUCUCUCCAGGAUACUUUUCCCUAGUGCCUUUUUACUGUUUUGUUUGAGCUAUUGGAUAUCCUAUGCCGUUAUGGAUUCCGAACCGUGAGCUUCGCGCUGUUUAUUCUUUGCUUAACAAAUGCCACGACGUAUUGUUUUAAUUACGUGAAGAAAUUAAAGCAGGCGUUUAAGUCAUUUAAAGUGAUUUCCUUUUUAUUCCUACUUGUACUUUUAAAGUCAUAUUGUAUCUUAGUAAAAUCAUUUUAUCACGGAAUGUAGAGAUAAGGCGUGUACGUGCGCGAAUAUAUAGAAUAAAAAAAAUGUGCUGUGAGUAGCAUAGAUACCA